AUGCACGUCAAAGACAAGCUCGCCCAAGAGGAGGCCUCUGGAAAGCCAGGGAUCUCCUUCGAAUUUUUCCCUCCUAAGACAGCGCAGGGUGUGCAGAAUCUCUACGACAGAAUGGACCGCAUGCAUGGAUUAGGCCCGUCCUUUAUCGACAUUACCUGGGGCGCUGGAGGACGACUGUCUGAUUUGACCUGUGAGAUGGUCAAUGUCGCUCAAUCAGUGUACGGCUUGGAGACUUGCAUGCACCUGACAUGCACCGACAUGCCUCGCGAGAAAGUCGAUGCUGCUUUGGAUGCCGCCUACAAAGCUGGCUGCACCAAUAUCCUAGCCCUUCGAGGCGAUCCUCCUCGUGAGAAAGAAUCGUGGGAGAUUACUGAGGGUGGAUUCCGCUAUGCCAAGGACCUGGUCAAGUAUAUUCGGGAGAAAUAUGGCGACCAUUUUGAUAUCGGUGUUGGGGGGUAUCCCGAAGGUACCGAUGACAAUCUCGAUAUCGAUCUAUUGAUCGACCACUUGAAGGAAAAGGUGGAUGCUGGAAGUUCUUUCAUCAUUACCCAGAUGUUCUAUGACGCAGAUAACUUCAUCAGUUGGAUGAAGAAGGUCCGAGAAAAGGGGAUCAAGGUUCCCAUUCUCCCUGGAAUCAUGCCAAUCCAGACAUAUGCUGCUUUCAUCAGACGCUCGAACUACACCAAGAUCCGUAUCCCUGAAGGGUGGCUAGCGGCUCUCGAGCCCGUCAAGAACGAUGAUGCUGCUGUAAGGGACAUCGGAAAACAUCUCAUCGCUGAUAUGUGUAGGAAGCUUUUCCAGGCUGGUAUCUACCACUUGCAUUUUUACACGAUGAACCUUGCACAGGCUACGCGGCUGGUUCUCGAGGAGCUGAACCUCAUCCCAUCAGAAGAAACACCUCUACCAAGACCCCUGCCAUGGAGACCUUCUCUUGGACUGAAGAGGAGAGGAGAGGAUGUUCGCCCAAUUUUCUGGAGGAAUAGGAAGACUUCUUACAUUGCCCGCACUCAGACAUGGGAUGAGUAUCCCAACGGCCGCUGGACCGAUUCCCGAUCGCCUGCCUUUGGUGAACUGGACGCUUAUGGGGUUGGCUUAAAGGGUACAAAUGAACAGAACAUCAAGCUCUGGGGCCAGCCUAAGUCGAUUCAAGAUCUAUCUGAGCUUCUCAUUCGCUUCAUCGAGGGCAAGCUGGAUCGUCUUCCUUGGAGUGACGCUCCGAUCACGGCAGAAUCGAAUGCCAUCAAGGACAAUCUGAUUGACUUGAACAAAAGGGGUUUCCUCACUGUCAACUCCCAACCUGCGGUCAACGGCGCGAAAUCCUCGCAUCCCGUGUAUGGAUGGGGGCCGAAUAAUGGAUUUGUAUACCAGAAAGCCUACCUGGAGCUUCUGGUACCUCCAAAUUUGAUUGACGAGCUCAUUUCGCGCAUUGAGAAGAAUCCAGACUUCACAUAUCACAGUGUCAAUAAGAGCGGUCAACUGAAAACUAACACGCGUGACAGCCCUAAUGCACUGACCUGGGGUAUUUUUCCAGGACGGGAGAUCAUUCAACCCACGAUCGUCGACACCGUCAGUUUCCUGGCCUGGAAAGACGAGGCCUAUCGUCUUGGUGAAGAUUGGGCCAAAUGCCAUGACGCAAACAGUCCCAGCAGAAAAUUGAUUCAAAACGUCAUGGACGAGUGGUACCUUGUUAACAUUGUUCACAACGACUUCCACUGGACACUUGACAUCUUCGAUCUUUUCAAGGAUUUGACCGUUAAGGACCUUCAAGCUGAGGUUCCAGCCACCGCAAACGGAGUCCCCGAAGCGAACGGAGCAUUAGCAGCAGCAGCAGCUUCUACGAGCAAUUAG